AUGGAAAAAGAAGAAGUAUCUCUACCUCUUGGAUACAAUCACCAAAGCAGCAGAAAGAUGGACAAAGAAGAAGUAUCUCCACUUCCUCCGCCUCUUCCUCCUCUUGGAUUUGGACGAUAUCAAACCAGAAACCACAAAAAGAUGGACAAAGAAGAAGUAUCUCCACCUCCUCCGCCUCUUCCGCUUUUUGGAUAUGGACGAUAUCAAACCAGAAACCACAAAAAGAUGGACAAAGAAAAAGUUCCUCCACCUCCUUCACCUCAUCCACCUCUUCACUCCCUUCCAUCAAGCAAACCUGAAGUAAAACCUCACCCUCGUCCUACAGGAAACCCAAUAUGUCCUGUGUCUCAUCCAAGUCAACCUCACACCCUCUCUCUUAGAUCUGGCAGAAACACCAAGUUUGAUUGUUUUUCAUGCCGUAAACAUAUGUCUCCCUUGACUUACCAUAAUUACCAUUACUACUGCAAGACGUGCGAUAUGGAGUUUCACCAUGGUUGUCACACGUUUCCAAGGAAGUUAACACAUCCUUAUCACCUCCAACACCCUCUUACUUUCACCUUCAGGAACAAUGAAACCGGAUUCCUAUCUGAUGGCAAUAUAGAUGUAUCCUUUUCCACUACACUUUCGUCCUACUCCAACCUGCCUGGAUCCAACAAAUCUGAUCAUAACAAGUUUGAAUCUACGGAAUCUGAUCAAUGCACAUGGUGUGGAAAAUAUAUCCAAGGCAAUUGGUUUUAUCAUUGUCCUAUAUGCAACUUUUGUUUGGAUCUCUCUUGCUCCCAACAAAGUGUUCCACUUCUCCUCGUCGCGAAACCAAAGAGUCAUCACCAUCCACUCGUCUUCUACACGCGACCACUCUUGACUCCAUGUGAUGCGUGUGGGUUGGUCAAUGUGUUGGAGCCAAGCUAUGCUUGUUUUCAGUGUAAUUACAUGGUGCAUCAAAGCUGCAUCGACUUACCACGAGUCAUAAAGAUCACGCGUCACGAGCAUCGUCUUCAUCAUACUCCUUACCUCCGUUCCACAAUUUCACCAUGCCGGAUCUGCUACCAACCAGUUGACAUCAAGUACGGCCAAUAUUAUUGCAACCGCGAGAAUUGCUCUUAUGUAGUUCAUUCAAAAUGUGCAACACAUGAGAACAUAUGGGACAGGAAAGAACUCGAAUGGGAACCCGAAGAAUCUGACGAAAUUGAAGAUAUCAUGCCAUUUAAGAAGUUCGGUAGUGAUAUGAUAAAGCAUUUCUCUCAUGACCAUCUUCUAAAGCUCGAGACAUAUGAUGGUGCUCGAGAUGCAGAGAAGCAAUGUCAAGCAUGCAUCCUUCCGAUCAACUCUCAUGAUUUCUACAAUUGCAUGGAAUGUGAUUUUUUCCUCCAUGAGGUAUGUGCUUGUCUUCUUCGAAAGCUGAACCAUGCGUUACACAAACACACUCUUAUCUUAGAUACCUCUCCUCAAAACCACUAUGAUCUCAUCAAUUGUUCAGUUUGUUCCAGAAAGUCCACUGGUUUCAUGUACAGAUGUUCCGAAACUGAUUGUAGAUUAUUAAAAGAUCAAGUUCUUCAGAUAGAUGUUCGAUGUAUUUUAGUUCUUGAUUAUUUCACCCAUGAAAGUCAUGAACAUCCUCUAUUCAUCUGCACAUCCUCCAAAGGUGAAAACAAGAUUUGUUGCGAGGGUUGCAAGGAGAUUUGCCAGCAGCCUUACCUACAGUGUACAAGGUGCAAAUUUGCUAUGUGUUAUCAAUGCACUACCGUUCCAACUGAAGUAUGCUACAAAUACGACAAGCAUCCUCUCUCUCUUUGCUAUGGAGAACAAGCAGAUGAUAUGUAUUGGUGUGAAAUAUGUGAGAAAGAGGUUAAUCCAGCGGACUGGUUCUACACAUGCAACAUAUGUUGUAUCACUAUCCACCUUCAUUGCAUAUUCGGAAAUUCUGUUUAUAUGAAGCCUGGUUUAACAUUUGAAUAUGGCUUCACUAGUAAAGUGGAAGUUCUUCGCAAUAGUAACAGCACUCGACCGCUUUGCGUUAGAUGUGGUAAUCAUUGUCCAGGUUACAGCUAUUAUUGCCAUAUAGGCAGCUACGGUCAAUGGACACUUAAAAGUGUUACUUGUUCGUUGAAAUGUUUGGAGCCUUAUUUGUAUUAAUUUUGUACAGAUAAAACCGUUCGAUAAAACGGUUACAUGAUGAACUUUCUUUGUUUUUUUGAAUUUGCAUUGUUGUUUUUUCCGGGACUUGUAUCAUUACCA